AUGGAGAUCCUCGCCGAGGAGGCGCACAACCGUCUGGUGAUGAUCGAGUGCUUCGCGGACCACUGCGCCAUCUCCCACGGCUUCGCCAACGUCGUCGCCGACAUCUGCGACAUGUUCCCGAAGCUCGUGUUCAUGCAGAUCAACAAGAUGGACCGCUACAACGGCCACAAGAUGUUCGAGUGCCUCAAGGUCGGCAAGCACACCAAGUACAAGACGCCGACCUACAUGUUCUUCCGCAACGGCGAGCAGAUCGACGAGGUCGUCGGCGCGAACCAGCCCGAGAUCGAGCGCAUCAUCAAGAAGCACAUCGACUGGGACCCGAACGCGCCGCCGGAGCCCGACUCCGACGAGGAGGAGGAGGCGACCGUGGGCGCGGCGCCGGAGGUCGUCGAGGACGACGACCAGGAGUGA